GUAUGCUGCAAAAUUUUUCACGCGUCUUCCUCGUCACUUCCGUUCAAUCUCCUAGGAGAGAAAAGCAGCCCCGACCGCCAUUUGGCUGCCACCCAGGUUCGGACAGCAGCGAAAGUGUAUCGGCCCAUAGAAUUAUUCCAUCUUCUUUCGGUCGAACAAUGUGUCGCGUCGCGUUUGAUGGCCUAUAAAUACAUAUGGGGGUCAUGAUUCCGAUACGAACUCAGUUUUUCAUCGGCAUCGCGAUCGACAACUGGAAUCCUCGAGCGAACAACAUCAUGAGGCUUCUUCUGGUAGCAAUACUAUCGUUGGUAUUGGUCAGCAGUAUGGCUAUUACUGUUGAGAACAAUUUGAAGCAACAGCAUAGUUCUUUCGUAGAAACGAAAAAACAUGGAAAAAGGGGUUUGGAUGACUUUGCGUAUCUACAAAAUUUACAGGAACAUCACGAAUACUUGUACGAUCCACCGUCGGUGCCACCGGCACCAGUUUACGAGAUUCCGGUUCCAGACGCCGGACAUCCGGUACCAGGACACAUACCGGAACCGUCACCUCCUAUCGUUGGACAUCCAGUCGCGGCGGUGCCUGUGCCUGUGCCCGUCCCACAACCGCAUCCGGUACCGCAACCAGUCGCGGUACCCGUGGCAGUGCCGGUUACGAAGCAUGUACCGGUCGCCGUGCCCGUACCAGUUCACAUCGACCGUGCGGUGCCGGUAGCAGUGCCCGUACCUAAACCGUACCCCGUCCCCGUGGAGAAGAUCGUCCACGUGGACCGGCCGGUUCCGGUACCGGUUGAGAAACCGGUACACAUCCCGGUCGAUCGGCCGGUGCACGUGCCGGUACCGGUACCGAAACCGUAUCCCGUCGCCUUCGAGAAGAUCGUGCACGUAGAUCGACCGUAUCCGGUGCACGUGGCCGUGCCGGUGCACGUGCCGAAGCCAUACCCUGUGCCGGUUGCCAUACACGCACAUUACAAGUCACACAAUUGGUAACUCACUCAUCAGAAUUUAUUUUGAUAUGGCGGCGACAUAUUUUCACUUAUGGUCACAGUUAACAUACCCGCAUUAUAUUCAUAAUAAUAUAAGUGCAAAUAUUUUAUUCCUGUUGUAGAUUUAUUGUUGAUUACACAAUUAAUCUUGCCUGACUGAAAUUGUACGUUAGAAAUUGAUUACUUUAUGUAUGGGUCUCUUCUUUAAUAAACAAUAUUU